UCUGGGCGCCUGGAAUGCUGCGCGCCAGGGCGCGGUGGGCACCGGGGGCGGGGUGCCCUCUGGGUGCCGCAGUGCGGGGCCGCACCCGAGCCUGGCCGCACUGGGGUGACGGAGUGGGGUCGCCUCUCAAAGCGUAAAUAUGAAUCUUGCCUUAUCUGGCUCCCACGGGCUCCUUCCUAAAUUCACCUUGGAGAAAGAUGGAUCAUGUGAGCGGGACUGAGAGCUUUAUGGAGCCGAACUCCCGCAGCUGUAAAUCACCCUGUCCUCCUGGGUAUAAAGCGCCUGUCCAGCCCGGCGUGGGAGAGAGGAGACGCUCGCCGUCCCCUGACCCCCAGCUCAGCGCCGGCUCCAGGCCCAGCCAGUGACCUCUCUAGCCUCCGCCAGUCGCCCCCGCCAUGUCCGAGGAGCUGGCCCCCCGCCCCAAUGAGAGCCCCCUGGCGCCACAGGCGGGCCCCAGGGAGGUGUGGAAGAAGGGCGGCCGCCUGCUGUCGGUGCUGCUGGCCGUGAACGUGCUGCUCCUCGCCUGCACGCUCAUCAGCGGCGGAGCCUUCAACAAGGUGGCCGUGUACGACACCGACGUGUUCGCGCUGCUCACCACGAUGAUGCUGCUGGCAGUGCUCUGGAUCCUCUUCUACCUCCUCCGCACUGUGCGCUACCCCGGCGCGGUGCCCUACCGGGAUGCACACGCUGGCCCCAUCUGGCUCCGAGGUGGGCUGGUGCUGUUUGGAGUCUGCACUCUUGUCAUGGAUGUCUUCAAGACCGGCUACUACUCCAGUUUCUUUGAGUGCCAGUCGGCCAUCAAGAUCCUGCACCCCCUCAUCCAGGCUGUGUUCGUCAUGAUCCAGACCUACUUUCUCUGGGUCUCCGCUAAAGACUGUGUUCACGUCCACCUGGACCUGACCCGGUGCGGUCUCAUGUUCACGCUCACCACCAACCUGGCCAUCUGGAUGGCAGCCGUGGUGGAUGAAUCCGUGCACCAGGCCCACUCCUACAGCAGUUCUCACGGCAAUGCCAGCCACACCCGUCUCGCCUCUGACCAGCGUGCAGGCAACGCAGUGGGAGGAGACUCUUGCCUCUGCAGCACGGCCGUCUGCCAGAUCUUCCAGCAGGGGUACUUCUACCUAUACCCCUUCAACAUCGAGUACAGCCUCUUCGCCUCCACCAUGCUGUAUGUCAUGUGGAAGAAUGUGGGUAGAUUGCUGACCUCCACCCCUGGCCACAGCCACACCCCAUCCCCGGUCAGCCUCUUCCGGGAGACCUUUUUUGCCGGCCCAGUUCUGGGUCUGCUGCUCUUCGUGGCGGGGCUGGCUGUAUUCAUCAUCUACGAGGUUCAAGUGAGCGGGGAGGGGGGCCGCACCCAGCAGGCCCUGGUCAUCUACUAUAGCUUCAACAUUGUCUGCUUGGGACUCACGACCUUGGUCAGCCUGAGUGGCUCCAUCAUCUACCGUUUUGACCGCCGGGCCAUGGACCACCAUAAGAACCCCACGCGCACCCUGGACGUGGCCCUGCUGAUGGGUGCCGCCCUGGGUCAGUACGCCAUCUCCUACUACUCCAUUGUGGCCGUGGUGGUGGGCACGCCCCAGGACCUGCUGGCAGGGCUCAACCUCACACACGCGCUGCUCAUGAUCGCCCAGCACACCUUCCAGAACAUGUUUAUCAUCGAGAGCCUUCACCGAGGACCACCCGGAGCUGAGCCUCACAGUACACCCCCCAAGGAGCCCUGCCAAGGCCUGACCUUCACCAACCAGGACGCCCUCCACACCUUGCCUGCCUGCCCACCCAGCCCCGGGCUGGUCAGCCCCAGCCCUGCAGACCAGCAGGAAGCAGUGGGCAUCGUCUCAACCCCCAGAAGCCACUGGAGACGCCGGUGCCUAAAAGACAUUGCUCUGUUUCUCCUGCUCUGCAAUGUGAUCCUGUGGAUCAUGCCCGCCUUCGGGGCCCGCCCUCACUUCAGCAACACAGUGGAGGUGGAUUUCUACGGCUACUCCCUGUGGGCGGCCAUCGUCAACAUCUGCCUCCCUUUCGGCAUCUUCUAUCGUAUGCACGCCGUCUCCAGCCUGCUGGAGGUCUACGUGCUGUCCUGAGGCCUCCGACAGAGACAUGGCAGGGAGCGGGAAGAGGAGACUGAGCUCCUGUGCCUGUUCAGACAUCCUCUGGGAAUGAAUCCCAGCUGGUGCCAUAUGACAGCCCAUUGUCUGCUGGUCCCAGAGUGGAAUUUUCACAAAAGUUAUUUUUCCAGGUUGAAUUUUUAAAUCACAAUCAGGACAGGCCCAUCCACCCCAGUAUGACUGUGGGGCAGGAGGUGGCUGGGGAAGGGAGACCUCUCCUGGCAGCAUUUCUAGGACCAGCAGGAUCUGGAAGGGCUGGCUCCGGCUCCACCUCUAAUCCUGCCCUGGGGCCUGGCCAGUGCACUGCCUGGAGCUGGAAACCAAUAAACCUGUGCUUUUCCCC